GGCGCGUCACUGGGGCGGGGGCCGCCCAGCAGCCAGCUACCGGCCUCGGAGUCGGGGACCCAGUCGGCGCCCUCCCGGGAUGGACGAUCUGGGUAGCGCUGACUCCCCCUCUUUCCCGCUCGGUCCCCGUAUUGUCAUAUUUGAUGCUCUCCUGGCUGACCUGGAGACGACAACCUCCCAUAUCUCCAAACGCCCAGUUCUGCUCACAGAUUCUGGGGGAGCCCUGAACCAAGACAGGGCCCCAGAACCCAAGCCGGCUCCUCCACCAUACAACACUCAGCAGCAGACUGGGACCACAGCCAUGCCUGUAGAUCCUCUACCGGCACCUACCCUGCAGGGUGGCAGUGACAAGGAACACCUAUACAGCACGGUCUGCAAGCCGCGCUCGCCCAAGCCGAAGGAAGGCGCCCCGCCGCCCUUCUCCUCCUCCAGCGGGGUGCUGGGAGCUGGGCUUUGCGAGCUGGACCGGCUCCUGCAGGAACUUAAUGCCACCCAGUUCAACAUCACAGAUGAAAUAAUGUCCCAGUUCCCAUCCAACAAAAGCCCUGGUGAGGACAAAGGCAAAGACAGGCUGGAAGAGUCAAUAGAUGGUGGUUCUUUGCCACAGUCAGCGGCUCCUCCACCUGCAAAGCCAUCUGCCACAUCAGCCACCCUGGAGCUGGACAAGCUCAUGGCUUCUCUGUCAGAUUUCCGGGUCCAGAGCAAUCUCCCCGGCGCCUCCACCGCCACGGUCUCGCCGCCGCCCGCUCCCGCCCGCGUGUCGUCUGCGCAGCUGCCGGUGGUCUCGUCCGUCUGCCCCAGCGCCUCCGCCGGGCCCCCACAGACGUCACCGGCCCAGCCGAGCGGGAAUCUGGACAGCAUGCUGGUGCUGCUGGAGUCGGAUCUCAGCCGCCAAGGGAUCUCCACCACGGCCAAGGGGCUGUGCGCUUCCUGCCAGAAGCCCAUCGCGGGGCAGGUGGUAACAGCCCUAGGGAGCACUUGGCACCCAGAACAUUUUGUCUGUACCCACUGCCAGAAGGAGAUGGGAGGCAGCAAUUUCUUCGAGAAGGACGGCGCCCCUUACUGUGAGAGGGAUUACUUCCAGCUUUUCUCUCCCCGUUGUGGACUCUGCAAUGAACCCAUCCUGGAUAAAAUGGUGACCGCACUGGAUAAGAACUGGCACCCGGAGCACUUCUGCUGCGUCAAGUGUGGGCGGCCCUUUGGGGAGGAAGGCUUUCAUGAGAAGGACGGGAAGCAGUACUGCCGUCAGGACUUCUACGAGCUCUUCUCCACCCGCUGCCAGGGAUGCAACCAGGCCAUCCUGGAGAACUACAUCUCGGCCCUCAAUGCCUUGUGGCACCCAGAAUGCUUUGUCUGCAGGGAAUGCUACACGCCCUUUGUGAACGGCAGCUUCUUCGAGCACGGCGGCCGCCCCUUCUGCGAGAUCCAUUACCACAAGCAGCGGGGCUCGCUCUGUUCGGGCUGCGAGAAGCCCAUCACCGGCCGCUGCAUCACGGCCAUGGCGCGCAAGUUCCACCCGGAGCAUUUCGUCUGCGCCUUCUGCCUCAAGCAGCUCAACAAGGGCACCUUCAAGGAGCAGAACGACAAGCCGUACUGCCACCCUUGCUUCAUCAAGCUCUUCGGGUGACACGGAGGCACCUCGGCCCACGGCCAGCGUGGGAAAAGGGGAGGGCCUGUGGGUCCCGGCCUUUGACCGAGCCACGCCCACUGCCACAGGUGGGAGGGGCCUGUGCCUUAUAAGCUCCGCCCUCCAUCUCUGGAGCCACCACACCGAUGCCAAAAACCACGCCUCUAGAUAAGAGCCACACGCAAAAAAACCAAGCCUGGUGAGAAACGGGUUUUAUCCGCUCCUCCUACUCGACUCAGGAGCCUGUCACAGCAUGAGCAGCCGAUCGUUAACACCCACCCCAUCACAUGCCACUUUAGGCCACACCCACACAACGCCAGCACUUCAGACAGGAGGCAGUGCCUUAAGCCACAUCCACUAGACCAGCUGGCGAUGUCAUCUGGGCAGGAGGCGGGGCUUUAAAGAGGCCACACCUCUGCUUUAAAGUUUCUUUUUAUCAUUUCUGUCCAGCUGUGUAGGAUGGGAAGCACCUGAGCCACUCCCCCUGAACACAGCUACUCUAAGCCAUAAAGCCACCCAGCUGGGAGAUGGGUAUGGAGAAAUCCUCUUCACUUCUAGAUUAUUUGGGUAUUCUUGCCUCCAUAUAGUACACGUCUGGGGGGGAACAGGGGUACUCCACUCCACUCCACUCCACUCCUGGGUUGCCUUAACGCACUUAUGAUCUUGUCACUAAACUGAUUCUACUGCAAGAGGGGAGGGGCAGUAGUAUCUCCUUGGCCCACCCCCUUUUUUUUGGCAAAGAUACAGGGCAGCCUUCUCCAACCUGGUGCCCUCCCAACAUUUCAACUCCCCAUAGCCCCAUAGAGCAUGGCCAAUGCUCAGGAACCCUGCGAGUUGGCAGUCCAAAACAUCUGGAGGGCACCAGGUUGGGGAAGGCUGAUUUAAGGUGAGUUUACAUGCGUAGUUUUGAUUCAACCCCCAAGGAUUGCGAGAGAUUUGUUAGUGGGAUUUGGGAUGUGCCUCUCUAAUCUCUGGGGCUCACGGGGUGGGGGGUGGGGCGGCGGCAGUGUUGUUCUAAGCAGAUUAGUGUAAUAGUAGGAGUGGGGCUGAGGAAAAGGGAGUGGCAUUUACCACCACCACCCGCCCGUAGCAGUUGAAAACUGUUGUUUUUUAAAAAAAAAAAUUGGGGAGGAACUAGAAAAGGGGAAUAUGCCCAAGCUUGCAGUUCUGAUUUGUCAGGGUCAUUUUUAUCUUACUGUGUAAACCCAAAAUGAGGCUUUUAUUAUGACGCAACUUAGGCCGGGAGUCCAAGGAGCGUGAACUCUUCCUUCUGCCGCCAGAUUUCUAUGCCAACUUUUUAACUUCUCACUGCUGUAUAUUAUAUAAUAAAAUUCACA